GUCUAUGGAUCAGCUUUUUCUUCAUUACAUUCUGUAGAAUCUAAAAUCUUAAGAAACAACCUCAUUUUCCCACAACAUUUGCCGCGAAAUAGUCCGUUGAAGACAACUCUUAAAAGGGUAGACUAAAUCGGGAAGCUUCUUUUUGGUAUGAAUCUGAGAAGCUUCAACGAAAAUUAAAGCAAGGUGUUUCACUUGUAUAUAGUCAGAAAGAAAACCUUGUAUUUCCUUGUACUUUCUGUGGGGCCUGCAUUUGAUUGUUCAGAACUCGCCCUAGACGCGCAUAAACAUAUAUAAAAGCACAGCUCUGAGUUGACCCGACUUCUAACUUCUAACUUCUUCUCUAUCAUUGUGCGAACAUAAAAGGAAAUUAUCAGUUUCAUCUAUCUGAGAAACAAGCAUUCUUCAUUGAGCUUCCUGGGGCUUCAAAGCCUUGAUUAAUAGCAGUUUAUCAUCGAUCACAGAAACACAUCAGUGGAAAAUGGCAGGAAACGGUGAAGCUCCGAAUGACAUAGAGAGCCAGCAAGCACAGCACAUUCCAUUGAUAACUUCAAUGAGACAAGAGUUGGAGGAUUUGCCUAUUCUGUCUCCUUUGUGUUGUAUCUACAAAGUUCCUGAGCGGCUACGGCGUGCAAGUGAAAAGGCAUACACACCUCAGGUUGUUUCUAUAGGUCCACUUCACCAUGGGAAGGAUAGCCUCCAAGCAAUGGAAGUGCACAAAAGGAGGUACCUGCAAGCUUUUAUAGUUCGGACCAAGGCCAGCUUGGAGGAAUAUGUAGUAAAAAUGAAGAACCAAGAAGAAAAACUGCGCAAUUGUUACGCUGAAACUAUUGACUUUACAAGUGAUGAGUUUGUGAAAAUCAUUUUAGUGGAUGCAGCGUUCAUCAUUGAGGUAUUACUGAGGUACUGUAUCCAUGAGUUGCAGGAUGAGAAUGAUCGCAUAUUUAAUAAACCAUGGAUGUUACAGGAUGUAUGGCCUGACAUGCGGUUGCUUGAAAAUCAGCUGCCAUUUUUCAUUCUUGAGGAACUUUAUGCUAGAGUCUCUUCUAAUGUUACUGAGGGGAAAUCAUUAAUUGAUCUUUCUCACAAUUUCUUCACAAGUCUGAUGCAUAUAGAGGGUACGGAAGGCAAUUUACAGACCAUACACUCCUCUCGUGUACAUCAUUUUGUUGAUUUCUGUAGACACUUAUAUCUACCGCCCCAACCAGAAUGGCCAGCUAAAGGAAAACUCGAAACUCUAACCACACCCAGCAUGACAGAUCUACACCGGGCUGGAGUCAAGUUUAAGGUGAGAUCAAGCAAAAAUUUAUUUGACAUACGAUUUCAAGGUGGGAUGCUUGAAAUUCCAAAAUUAGCAAUAAGUGAUGAAAUAGAGCUUACAAUCAGAAAUAUCCUUGCCUUUGAACAAUGCCAUAGCCUUGAGAAUAUCAUAAAUGAUUAUGUUGUUGUCAUGGAUCGCCUUGUGAACACCCCAAAGGAUGUGGAGUUGCUUGUCAAGUACGGAAUUGUUGAAAAUAGGCUAGGUGAUAGCUCUGGAGGGUCUGCUUUGAUUAACAAUCUUGCUGACGGGGUCAUCGUUGACUCCAAAGACUUCUGUUAUGCUACUCUUUGUAAAGACCUGAACAAUUACUGCAGUUGGACAUGGCACAAAUGGAAGGCGAAUUUGAGACAAAAUUAUUUCAACACCCCUUGGGCAAUUAUAUCUUUCACUGCAGCUGUUAUUCUUCUCAUACUUACUCUCAUACAAGCAGUGACCUCUGUUUUCUCUGCUGUGAAAGGUAAGUCUACAUAGUAAGUGUCCAUUGCCCGUUCUCCAUAUCCUUUCCUUUUGUUCCCUAUUCUUUGAGAUUUGUAAAUUAGUUUAUGAUGGCCCGAUGGUCAGUAAGAGUAUAUAGGCUCUUUUGUUGGUGGUAGUGUGGUGUAAGAUUGCUGGAUUAUGCCAGAUAUAGUAGAGAUUCAUGUUUUUACUCUGCUAUUGCCAAUAAGAAAUGUUAAACCUUUGUGUAUCUGCCUUUGUGUAUUGCCAAUAAGAAAUGUUAAACCUUUGUGUAUCUGCCAGCAAGCCCAGCACAUUCCAUUUAGGGCCUCACCGAAGAAUGGACACUAGAAAAUUAAGCCUGUGAACCCCAGAUUCUACAAAAGCUGUUCUUGACCACAUAAAUAUGUUGGCUGCCCUAAUCUGUGCCUUCAUCUGAUAGCUUCCAAAGCAGAGGAAAAGAUAGAACUGCUAUUUACCAAUAAGACAGGGGAAAUGACAAUAUUUUAUUAAAAAAAAUUAAAAAAAAUAAUAAUAAUAGUGACAGAGUUGCAUUAACUUUUCUUUGCUUCCAAUCUGCAACUAGAUAUAAGCUUCUACAUAAAUACAAGUCCAAAGUCUACUUCAGUCUCUAUAGGGACCAUGUUCUGCCACUACAUUCCACUCCUGCAUAUAUGGACUUGUUCUCUGCCUGGGACCCUAUGCUUAUAGUCAUCAGGGGAGGAUAAGGUUACAUACUGAAGGCCUUUCUUUCUAAGUAUGUGGUUCAUCACUACUUGUACUAGAGAACUUCUAUUUCCUAUAUCAGGGGAGCAAGCAAUCUGUGCAUAACAGUAAUCACGACCAGGUUGGGAUCCAUCCAUUAUAAUAACAAUACAUCGAGAGGAAAAUGGCAGAUGAAAGCCUUUAUCAAGCUCCAAAUGGCAUUGAACAGUACCCAUACAUUCUUCCAUUAGCAACAUCAAUGAGAAGGGUGUUGGGUAGCUUGUUUCCUUUAUCCCCUUCGUGUUGCAUCUGCAGGGUUCCUAAGCGGCUAAGUCGUGUAAGCGAAAAGGCCUAUACACCUCAGGUAGUUUCUAUAGGUCCACUUCACCAUGGCAAAGAAGGUUUAAAAGCCAUGGAAGAGCUCAAACAUAGGUAUCUGAAAGUCUUUCUGCAUCGUUAUCAGACUGUCACUAGCUUGGAGGAUUGUAUAAUGAAAGUUAAGGGAGAAGAACAAACUCUGCACAGUUGUUAUGCAGAGCCAAUUGAGUAUGAUAGUGAUGAAUUUGUAAGAAUCAUUCUAGUGGAUGCCAUAUUCAUCAUUGAGGUCUUAAUACGGUACAAUGAUGAAAGAUUGCAGCCUGAAAAUGAUCACAUAUUUAAAAAUCCAAGGAUGUUAGAGGAUGUAUGGCCUGACUUGCGGAUGCUUGAAAAUCAGCUGCCAUUCUUCAUCCUUGAAAAACUUUUCUGCCCUGUUGCUACGGAGGAGUAUUCAAUCAUUAGUCUUUCUCACAAAUUCUUCAAGACUCUAAUGCAUAUAGAGGAAAUGGAAGACACUUUGCCGAGAAUAAGAUCUUCUCCAGUAGGACAUUUUGUCGAUUUUGUUAGGAAGUUGUACCCGCUGCCACCAUCACGACCAGCGUUACAAAACUCACAUGGAGGGCAAGUUGAAACUCUAGCCACACUCAACAUGAAAGAGCUAUAUCUCGCAGGAGUCAGGUUUAAGGUGGGAUCAAGCAAAAAUAUUUUUGACAUACGAUUCAAUGAUGGGACAUUGGAAAUUCCAAAGAUAACCAUAAGUGAUCAAUCAGAGGUUAAUCUCACAAAUCUUCUGGUAUUUGAACAAAGCCAAUGCAAGGAGACAGAGAAUUACAUAAAUGAUUAUGUUGGCUUCUUAAAUAUUCUUGUCAGCACCCCAAAGGAUGUGGCUUUGUUAGUUAAGCAUGACAUUUUUGAGAAUAAGUUAGGUGACUUUAAAAAAGGGUGUACUAUGAUUAAGAACCUUGGUGAUAGGGUCAACAUUGUGGCCUCCAAAGAGUUCUAUUAUGCACAUCUUUGUGAACAGUUGAAUAAGCACUGCAGAAGGUCAUGGCACGUAUGGAAGGCAAAUUUGAAGCAAGAUUAUUUGAACACACCUUGGGCGACCAUUUCUGUCAUUGCAGCUGUUGUUCUCCUCAUACUCACUCUCAUACAGACGGUGUGCUCCAUUAUCAGUGUUCGUCAAACUCAUCAGUAAGUUAGUUUCUUCCUGUCCUUCUACCUUUUUCAUCAUCUGCACCACACAUGCUUUCUACUAGCCUAGAGGUAUGAUUUAUUCCCUGAGGGAAUUGUAAAGUUGAUUCACCGAGAUGUGUAGUAGUCUUUAUUAGGAGACUAUACCAAGUGUAAGUUGUGUAACAGAAAGAUUUGGAAUACUUCUCCACCUAAUUCUCCAACAUUUGAAUCAAAU